UAAUUUUCCUUUUUUUUUAAAAAAAAAAAAAAAAGAAAAAUUGAAGAAAAAAAAGGUUGACAAGAAUGAAGGAAUUAGCAGCUGCGCGUGAGAGAGACGGUGGAAAUAAUUUAAACGGGAGAAGUGCGGUGGAGAAAGAGAGGACUAAGUUGAGAGAGAGACAAAGGAGGGCCAUUACCACCAAAAUCUUCCACGGCCUCCGCAAGCACGGCGGCUACCGCCUCACUCCACGCGCCGACAUCAACGAAGUCCUUCGCCACCUCGCCCAUGAGGCCGGCUGGAUUAUCGAACCAGAUGGCACCACCUACCGCUCCGCCGCCUCCACCUCCACCACCUUUUCUAAUGGAACUAUUAAUGGAUGCCCACUUUGCGGCGGCGGAAGAAAAAGCGCGCCGCCAACGCCGGGCUGCAGCUACUUGGGCGGCGGCGCCGCAGGGGAUUGCUCGACCACGGCCUCGCCCCGCCGCGUUCAGGUCGGAGAUUCCCCCGCCGUGAACAACCUCUCCCUCUCGUCGGAUAGUGCCAUGGCUACAAACGACACGCUUCUGGCCAUUUACAUGUGUACUGCAGUCGCGCCACUGAACGCCUGCGCCUGCGCCUCCGACGCCGUGUACGGAGAAGGACACCAGCCACACCUGUUGCAUGAGCCUGUCGUGUCCAAUCAGAACAUGACAGCUGGAUCGCCUUGACUCUAGUAUCUGAAGUUGACCCUGAGGUCAUUUUUGUCUUAAUCCCCUAAAUUAUGUUUGUGUGACUUUUCUAAUUACUAAUAUCAAUAUGGACUCAAGUCUAAAAUUAAAAUAUAGGAAUAUAAAUGUAGCCAUUAUUAAACUAUCGUUUAUUAAUUUUCUUAGUUGACAAUCUAAUUUAUACAUAAUUCCACCAAAUUUGUUUGCACUACUUUUAUUUCAAAUUCACUAUUACGU